UGCCAGUGUUUUUCAGGAUAUUAUGGAGAUAGAUGUAUUCAGUUUAACCCAUGUUUCAAUUCGCCCUGUUUGAAUGGUGGAAGUUGUACGUCUAAUCAAAUAAAUAAUACUUUCAGUUGCACUUGUGUUCAACCGUACACUGGAAGUACUUGUUCACAAAUAAAUUUAUGCACAACAAAUCCUUGUCUAAAUAACGGAGUUUGCAAAUUUGAUUCAAUUCUAAAUGCUUACACCUGCACUUGCACUCCGGCUUAUACGGGCACACGAUGUGAAAUUUUCAAACAAUGUUCCAGCAAUCCUUGUCUAAAUUCCGGAAUAUGUAUGGAUUUAAAUGGGUCGUACAAUUGCUCGUGUUUGCCUGGUUACACGGGACCGACAUGUGGUAUAUCUCAAGCAUGCUCCAAUCAACCAUGCCAAAACGGUGGAACUUGUCUGUCUGUUGGCAACCAAUUCACCUGUUCUUGUCUGUCACCGUUCUUUGGUCGCUACUGUGAAUUGAAAAAUCCUUGCACUGUCAACAUUUGUUUGAACGACGGAGUUUGUGUAAAUUCAACGGGCACUCCAACUUGCAUUUGCGGAUCGUUAUUUACCGGGCUCAGAUGUGAAACUACUUCAAGGUGUGCAAGUGUGCCAUGCAUUCAUCAGGGUAAGUUGGAAUUUAUUAAUUUCAAUGACGAAAUUAAGUCUUCAUGUGAAUUAAACAAAGCAAUGCCUUUUCAAAACUAUGACACAUGA